GCUAGUUUUAAAUACAGACAUUUGUCUUCACAAGCAUUCACAACGAUUCUACUUCAGCCCUAAAUUUAACCACAGAAAAGAGUUUCUAUUAACAAAAAUGAGGAUGGUUUAGGAGACUCUUCAGGUUAUUGAAGAGAAAAUACAGAGUUUUUUCCUACAGUUUAUUGAAGAGAAAAUACAGAGUUUUGUUAACUUUGCUAAGGCACCACCUAGGUUUAAUCACUGCAGUCUAAUUCAAUGAUUGAAGCCCUAGCAUGUCCUUGAAAUAAGAAAAUAUUUAUUUAUCACAGUAAAGAAAUAUAUGGUUCUCAAACACACAAAUACAAGUGUAAGUGGUGCUCAAUGCCCUUAAACUCAGCAGUGCUAAGAGCUCCCCUAAAAGUCCUUGUGCCUGUAUAGAUGAGGCCUCAGCAUGAGGUAUUUUGUUUCCAUCUGCAGCAAAAAUCUGGAAGUUUCAAAUUAUAGUGAACUGACAGAACCUGGUUUGGGCUAAGCUUAAAUUCUACAAAGAACAAUGUCUCUAUGCAAAAUGACAUCUUGACUUUCUCUUCUCAGAGUUUCUUCUGCUUUUUGUUAAAAUCCAAGAAGGAGAAUGGCAUGCUUAUAAAUUCUACUUGCAUUUUAACUUUAUAACCUAGAUCUGACAAUGCUGACAUGAGCAGAAAUUACUCAUGCCUUCCAGUUUGCUGUUUAAUUUAGCUCUGCUCUCAAACGGAUCCAUCUGGCAAGUUCUACACUCCAGUGCAGACAUUGAAUUAACCCAGAUGGUACACUUCAGAAGUCUUACAAGUUUUUGUAACUUGAUACUUUAGCAUUUUUGAAAAAAAAAAAAAGUAGAUUAUUUCAGUUUUUACGGUUAUAAUUGUAGCAGCAGCAGAGGAAGCUUUAAAAUGAGACAGAAGAGGGUGGGAGGGAUGGCAAGGUCUGAGCUCUCAGGUUUAGGCAGGAUUAGUGCUCCUGCUCAAAAAGAUCCUGCAGCAAGGGAUGGAAUGGGUGUGAACCACACUCUCCUUUCAUUGCCGAUGCACAUAUCUGCUUGCUGAUUUGAGUGCGGCAGCAUUUGAGUGUUAUUGAAUUGAAGGACUGGGAGAAACUACUAGUAGCAAAGAAAAUAUAAACCUAAAAGUACUUAUUUUUUUCUAAGUCUGACCAUAAAUUAGGAGAUGUAAAAUUACAUAAAAUUAUCUGGAAUGCAUCACGUGAGAUGCACCAGAGCCGGUGGUCUAGGAAGUUUCAAACCUUUGAUUUCAAUUCUGUAAACUCCACAAUGUCAUGGGAUGCUGGGACUUCUCGGUUUUAUGUUCCCUGAGGGCGAGGGCGCGGUCCCUUCGUUUCAACAACUGCUGCGAUGGGGUUUUAAGCGGGACGCCUCGCAGAGCGCUGUCGCGGUGCCAGAGGCGUGCCGGAGCGCGGCGAUUCUCUCCGACCUGUCCCGGGCGCUCCGCGGGGCCGGGCGAGCUGUGGGUGUGCGUGCCCGACGGAAGCAGUCGCUCCACGUCCGGGUCGGGUGGCGCUGGCCCGGCGAUGCCGCUGGUGGUGCUGUGCGGGCGGCCCGGCAGCGGCAAGAGCCGGCGGGCGGCCGAGCUGCGGGAGGCGCUGGGCGGCCCGGAGCGGGCGGCGCACGUCGUGACCCAGGCGGAGGGCGGCCGGGCGGCGCUGCGGGCCGAGGUGGAGCGGCGGCUGAGCCGGCGGGACGUGGUGAUCGUGGACGCGGGCAACGAGCUGCGGAGCAUCCGCUACGAGCUGUACUGCGCGGCGCGGCAGGCGGGCACGCCGCGCUGCCUCCUGCACUGCGCCGGCGGCGCGGGCGGCCCCGACGAGCCGCCCUUCGAGGAGCCCGACCCGAGCUGCCGCUGGGACCGGCCGCUGUUCACGGUGCGCGGGGAGGAGCCGCUGCCGCUGGGCGCCAUCCGCGCCGCGCUGUUCGAGAGCGCCGCGCCGCCGCCGCACCGCGCCACCCGCACGCAGCCGCUGCAGUCCUGCGGCUUCCUGCACCAGCUGGACCGCGUCACCCAGGACGUGCUGGCCGCCGUGCUGGCCGCGCAGAGGAGCGGGGCACAGCCCGGGGAGACCAUCCGCGUCCCCGGCGUGGCCGAGGGGCUGGUGCUGAGCCGGCCCGUCAGCGUGGCCGAGCUGAGCCGGCUGCGGAGGCAGUUCAUCAGCUACACCAAGAUGCAGCCCAGCGAUGAAAACUUGCCCCAGCUGGCCAGCAUGUUCCUGCAAUACCUGAGCCGCAGCAUCCAGUGAAGUGUCACCUGUGCCUCCCAGCAGGGGCGGUGGUCCGGCCCCGAAGUACUCGCAGCAAUGUGUCUUGAGGCACAGACCCUGCAGAGCCCGGCUCCCACCUGUCGGGGAUCGGAUCACUGGGCAGCAGCAGCUCUGAGAAGGUGGACGCCGUGUCCCUGCAGCAGCCGAGCCAGCUGCAUUGCUGGGGGAUCUCCAGGGAAGCAGUUCCUCAGCCCUGCCUUCUCCCCACUGGCAUCUUGCAAAAAGGAGAGCUGCUGGCGCGUCCCCAAGCAAGUGAAGUCUUCUGUGGAGAUGCAAACCCCAGUAAUCAAAUAGUGUGAUGUGAAAGUGUAAAAGGUGAUGACUGUAGGGAAGACUUUUUCCCUCCACAUUGGCAUAUGUGUGCCUGGAAUAAGAUUGUUGUUCUAGAGCUGCCACCAGAUGAUGUCAAACUGCAGAAGAGACUUCAGGUCCAGAACUGGAACAGGCUGUAUUUUUAGGAUGUGACUGUUUCAAAAAAAUCUGACUGACCCAAGAGAGAUUUUCAACUCUGCACUGCAAAAGGGUGCUGGCUUAACAGACUCAAACUUCUCUGUUUCGGGUCUAAUAAUAAAAUGUGUGCCUUAAAUGGAGUAAAGUCUUAAUUUACCUGCAGGACUAUUUAACUGAAAAAACUUGGUCAUGUCUUUUUUCUUCAAGGUCAUUAUACAGCCUUAAAACCAUCAUUUUACACCCUUAAAAACACAAAUUGCUUAAGAAUGAGUGCUGUCAUAGGAAAAAUGAGCUAAAAUGACAGAAAUAUUUAUUUCUGUUCUGUGUGAAACUCAAAAGUCUGUACUGGCUGUGAUGGGUAGCUAAGUUUCCAACAAUUUUGGGUACAGCUUAUAUAAACUUCUCACUUUUUGAUGGAUGCUUCAUUCUUCAUUCUAAUAAAUGGUGGCUUUUGGUUUUAA